AGGCGCUGGGGAGAGAGCUGGGACUGCGAGCCGGUGGCUGCGGCAGCGGCGGAGGGCGGCUGGGGAGACGUUACUCCAACUGUUGAAUUCCCGUCUCUCUUCUCCUUCGAUGCGUGGCUUGCGGAGAUGGCUUUAUUUGCUUUGAAAUCCGCACGUCUUUUGCAGGCUGCGAGCUGAUCCUGACAGACACCAGAUUGAAAGAGACCACCCGUGACAGAGAAGGAGGGAAAAAAAAAAAAAAGCAAAACCCUCCACAACGGACUGCACAAUUAACUCUGCACACCGGGGCUGGACUUGGUGAAUACAGAACAUUGGGAGGAAAAUCCUGAACUGUGAUGCGGGGCUAAGCUGUGAACACUCACUGGAAUCCUGAUUUCCCCAAAAAGACUCUGAAAGAUUUGGUGGUUCCUCACGCCUAAGCAAAAGGAAAGGCUUUUUUUUUUUUCCUAAAUAAACAAAUAAAUACACCUAGCAAAACAGACGCCUUGUUUUUGCGAGCCUUGGACUCCGGCAGAGAGAGGUAGAGUAAAAGUGCCGCUGGAUUCAGCUUCACCCUCCCUCCUCCCUCCCUCCCUCCCUUUGCUCUCGCCUUUUCCUCUUUCUCCAAAACAUGAAUCUGGCUUUCCUUCCCGUGGAGUGAGUCAGAGAAAGCCUCGGGAGGAAGCCGCAACUAAUGCCUGUGCAGGGAAGACCAGGAGGCGAGAGUGAAUACGAUUCGUUCCGCUGCCUCUGACUCACCCGGCAGAUCGGAGCACCUGCAUUUCUGGAUGUGUCAUCCCUGUGUGGCCAGGCGCCUCGAGGACCUGAAAUGAUGCGUGGACAGACCCGUGUCUAACAUCCCCUCGGAGGGAGCUCCGCGGGGCGGGCGCCCCUGGCUGGACCGGCGCGGCCGCAGCCCCUCGCCCUCUGCCCUCCCCGAGCCGCCCAGAGACAGAGCCAGACUGCAGACUGCAUCGCGCCACCCUUGAUGUGUUUCUUCUAUCCAGCUCGUUCCUACUAUUAAAAAUAUUUUUUUUUGGAAGGGGGAAAAAAAAAAGACCUGCACUUUAUUCGCUUCAAAUGUUUACCACUUUUAUUCCUCGCCAAGCCUUUCCUUUCUAGAUGACGAGGACCGGGAGGCAGGGCCAUUGGAAGGAGAUGCUGAAUAGGAAGAAAAGAGAGGCACUUGACGGUCCAGCCUUGUGAAUGCAGAGCCUGUUUCCCUUCUAGCGAGAGACAGGGAGAGUGUGUGUGCGAGGGCUGGGAGGUGGCUCCCCCUUCCUUUCCAUUCCGCCUCCUCCCCCUCCCCCCCUGAAGCUGCACAUCCAACCAUGAGUUGCCUGUUGAUUUCCUUUCGCCCGAGAAGCCACGCAAACUGGAAUUAAACUGCAGCGAGAGAAGUCCUUGCUCGCCGGGAGAGAAUGGGAUGGUAGCUGCGGCUCCUGGCUUCUCGCAGAGAAAUCAGAGUGUGUGUCGUCCGAACGGAGGCGGAGAUACCUCGAUACACCCCUCCCUCCCCCCACACCCUCCCUGUAGACUUAACACCGCAAACGCGGAUCAGGCUGUGGCUUUCCGGACUUUGGGGAAGAGCCUUUUCCGAGGAAGAGAGGGAGGAGCUUGGCGGAGGGAGGAAACUACAAAUCGGGACACUAGUUCUUUGCACUGCAUUUCCUCCCCUCCCUUUGGCUGCUCGGAAAGGAGAGAGAGAGAGAAAAAAAUACGCUUGGCUGGGAGAUGCAGUCCGCCGCCGCCGCCUCAGCCAGAAAUGCAAGAUUAGAUCUCUAAAUGCAGUAAAAACACGGCCGGAAAACAGACCCGCCAGAGAAGCAAGCAGACAUUUCACAGCGCCCCGGGAAAGCUUCAGAAUAUAUCUGACUCUCUCUUCACUGCUCCCCAGCCCCAUUCCUUUCAUCACCGGAGGCGACCAGAAACAAGUAAGGAUUUCACUUUCCCAUCUGCCUGGAGACACACCUCCCCGCUCCCUCCCCCACCCAAUUGGAAGAGUGUUCCGGAGGCUCCCGGCGGGAGUGGAUUUGCAGCGUCCCAGCGGGAGCCAGGAAAACCUACGCAUUCUAGGCUCGUUAUCUUCCCCCCCAUCCCAGACUCGAUUUACAUUGUAUCCGCGGCACCGUCUCUAAGUUUGAGUCGCCGCAAGUUCGGGCGGCAGAGACAAAGCCGCGGGCUUUCCCCGGCCGCGGGGAGCCGCCGCCUGGCUCCGCGCUCCUGCAGCAUCUGCUUCUCGCCCAGUGCGGAUGCUGUAGAUCAACAGGUUCGGGAACUUGAGCGGAAUCAGGAGGGCCCGCCGGGUCCCGCAGCCCGGCAGCGGGGGGAAGGAAGGACCCACAGACUUGUGGCUGGCUCGGCGCGCAUGCUGCGCGGGGGCUCCAGGCUGACGCGCACCCAUUCGCUCUCCCCUCCGGUCCGGUUGUCACUGCCUCCACCCCACCGGUCUGGGAUGUACCUUUCCAUCUGUUGCUGUUUUCUGCUCUGGGCCCCUGCCCUGACGCUCAAAAACCUGAACUACUCCGUGCCGGAGGAGCAGGGGGCCGGCACGGUGAUCGGCAACAUCGGCAAAGAUGCGCGGCUGCAGCCGGGGAUUCCGCCCGCAGAGCGCGGCGGCGGCGGGCGCAGCAAGUCCGGCAGCUACCGGGUGCUGGAGAACUCGGCGCCGCACCUGCUGGACGUGGACGCGGACAGCGGGCUCCUCUAUACCAAGCAGCGCAUCGACCGCGAGUCCCUGUGCCGCCACAACGCCAAGUGCCAGCUGUCCCUCGAGGUGUUCGCCAACGACAAGGAGAUCUGCAUGAUCAAGGUGGAGAUCCAAGACAUCAACGACAAUGCGCCCUCCUUCCCUUCCGACCAGAUCGAGAUGGACAUCUCGGAGAACGCGGCCCCCGGCACCCGCUUCCCCCUCACCAGCGCGCACGAUCCCGACGCGGGCGAGAACGGGCUCGGCACCUAUCUGCUCACCCGAGACGACCACGGCCUUUUCGCGUUGGACGUCAAGUCCCGUGGCGACGGCACCAAGUUCCCAGAGCUGGUCAUCCAGAAGGCGCUGGACCGCGAGCAGCAGAACCACCACACGCUCGUGCUGACCGCCCUGGAUGGCGGGGAGCCGCCGCGCUCCGCCACUGUGCAGAUCAACGUGAAGGUGAUCGACUCCAACGACAACAGCCCCGUCUUCGAGGCGCCCUCCUACCUGGUGGAACUGCCCGAGAACUCCCCGAUGGGCACCGUGGUCAUCGAUCUGAAUGCCACGGACGCCGACGAAGGCCCCAAUGGCGAAGUGCUCUACUCCUUCAGCAGCUACGUGCCCGACCGCGUGCGGGAGCUCUUCUCCAUCGACCCCAAGACCGGCCUGAUCCGUGUCAAAGGCAACCUGGACUAUGAGGAGAACGGCAUGCUGGAGAUCGACGUGCAGGCUCGAGACCUGGGUCCCAACCCCAUCCCGGCCCACUGCAAGGUCACUGUCAAGCUCAUCGACCGCAACGACAACGCGCCGUCCAUCGGUUUCGUCUCCGUGCGCCAGGGGGCGCUGAGUGAGGCCGCCCCGCCAGGCACCGUCAUCGCCCUCGUGCGGGUCACUGACCGCGACUCCGGUAAGAACGGGCAGCUGCAGUGCCGGGUCCUGGGCGGAGGUGGGGCGGCCGGCGGCCUGGGCGGGUCGGGAGGAUCGGUGCCCUUCAAGCUGGAGGAGAACUACGAUAACUUCUAUACGGUCGUGACUGACCGCCCGCUGGACCGGGAGACACAGGACGAGUACAACGUGACCAUCGUGGCUCGGGACGGGGGCUCCCCUCCCCUCAAUUCCACCAAGUCCUUCGCCGUCAAGAUUCUGGAUGAGAAUGACAACCCACCUCGUUUCACCAAGGGACUCUACGUGCUGCAGGUGCAUGAGAACAACAUCCCAGGAGAGUACCUGGGCUCCGUGCUCGCCCAGGACCCCGACCUGGGCCAGAACGGCACGGUGUCCUACUCCAUCCUGCCCUCGCACAUCGGCGACGUGUCCAUCUACACCUAUGUGUCCGUGAACCCCACCAACGGGGCCAUCUACGCCCUGCGCUCCUUUAACUACGAGCAGACCAAGGCUUUUGAGUUCAAGGUGCUGGCUAAGGACUCGGGGGCGCCCGCGCACCUGGAGAGCAAUGCCACCGUGAGGGUGACAGUGCUGGACGUGAAUGACAACGCGCCGGUGAUCGUGCUGCCCACGUUGCAGAACGACACGGCCGAGCUGCAGGUGCCGCGCAACGCCGGCCUGGGCUACCUGGUGAGCACCGUGCGCGCCCUGGACAGCGACUUCGGCGAGAGCGGGCGCCUCACCUACGAGAUCGUGGACGGUAACGAUGACCACCUGUUUGAAAUAGAUCCGUCCAGCGGCGAGAUCCGCACGCUGCACCCCUUCUGGGAGGACGUGACUCCCGUCGUGGAGCUCGUCGUGAAGGUGACUGACCACGGCAAGCCCACCCUGUCCGCGGUGGCCAAGCUCAUCAUCCGCUCGGUGAGCGGCUCCUUGCCCGAGGGGGUGCCCCGGGUGAACGGGGAGCAGCAUCACUGGGACAUGUCGCUGCCGCUCAUCGUGACUCUGAGCACUAUCUCUAUCAUCCUUCUCGCGGCCAUGAUCACCAUCGCUGUCAAGUGCAAGCGAGAGAACAAGGAGAUCCGCACUUACAACUGCCGCAUCGCGGAGUACAGCCACCCGCAGCUGGGCGGGGGCAAGGGCAAGAAGAAGAAGAUCAACAAAAACGAUAUCAUGCUGGUGCAGAGCGAGGUGGAGGAGAGGAACGCCAUGAACGUCAUGAACGUGGUGAGCAGCCCCUCCCUGGCCACCUCCCCCAUGUACUUCGACUACCAGACCCGCCUGCCCCUCAGCUCGCCCCGGUCGGAGGUGAUGUAUCUCAAACCGGCCUCCAACAACCUGACUGUUCCUCAGGGGCACGCGGGCUGCCACUCCAGCUUCACCGGACAAGGGACUAAUGCCAGCGAGACCCCAGCCACUCGGAUGUCCAUAAUUCAGACAGACAAUUUUCCCGCAGAGCCCAAUUACAUGGGCAGCAGGCAGCAGUUUGUUCAAAGUAGCUCCACGUUUAAGGACCCAGAAAGAGCCAGCCUGAGAGACAGUGGGCACGGGGACAGUGAUCAGGCUGACAGUGACCAAGACACUAACAAAGGCUCCUGCUGUGACAUGUCUGUUAGGGAGGCACUCAAGAUGAAAACUACUUCAACUAAAAGCCAACCACUUGAACAAGCAUUCCCGACUUUGCUUUCCUUUGCUAUCCUCACCCUACACACCAUCACAAGUAGACUUCAGUCUGUUGAUCUGCUUCCUACAGAACCAGAAGAGUGCAUUAAUUGCACAGAUGAAUGCCGAGUGCUUGGUCAUUCUGACAGGUGUUGGAUGCCACAGUUCCCUGCAGCCAAUCAGGCUGAAAACGCAGAUUACCGCACAAAUCUCUUUGUACCCACAGUUGAAGCUAAUGUUGAGACUGAGACUUACGAAACUGUGAAUCCCACUGGGAAAAAGACCUUUUGUACAUUUGGAAAAGACAAGCGAGAGCACACUAUUCUCAUUGCCAAUGUUAAACCUUAUUUAAAAGCCAAACGUGCCCUGAGCCCUCUCCUCCAAGAGGUGCCCUCAGCAUCAAGCAGCCCCACCAAGGCAUGCAUGGAGCCUUGCACCUCAACGAAAGGCUCUCAGGAUGGUUGCGAAGCGAAACCAGGAGCCCUGGCCGAAGCAAGCAGCCAGUAUUUGCCCACUGACAGUCAGUAUCUGUCGCCCAGUAAGCAACCAAGAGACCCUCCCUUCAUGGCUUCCGAACAGAUGGCAAGGGUCUUCGCCGACGUCCACUCCAGAGCCAGCCGGGAUUCCAGCGAGAUGGGGGCCGUUCUCGAGCAGCUUGACCACCCCAACAGGGAUCUGGGCAGAGAGUCGGUGGACGCGGAGGAAGUCGUGAGAGAAAUUGAUAAGCUUUUGCAGGACUGUCGGGGAAAUGACCCUGUGGCUGUGAGAAAGUGAGAGGAGGAAAUCAAACAACAACAACAACAACAAAAGCAUUGGCAUUUUCUGAUCUCUUCUGUUGAUGUAAAAAUGAUCCCUCCUGGUGACAACCUGGUUUAGAGGGAUGAAGAGACCAAUGCUGCUUUAAGGCUUUCCGUGAACAUCUGAAGUGCCCACAAGUAUGUCCUUUUCACUGCUAUUUUUUUUUUUCAGAGAUAACAAUGGUUGUGUUUUGACCAAACUUAUAUUAGGACAGAAUUGAUGAUGCUCAAAGAGGAAAGAAAAACAGAGAAGAAAAAGGAGGAUGAGGAGGCAAGAUACCUUUUGACCAUCUGUUAGGAGGUAUGCGUGGGAGAAGUGAAGUGUUCCUGAUCACUGUAAGACUGUCCUCCGUGACUUACGCUGACUCCACUGUUUACCUAUAAACCCCGUACAAAGCAGGGUCAUAAUGUGUGCUCUGUGGUGGAUUUUUAGCAGUCAUCACAGGCUUCUACUGAAAGUCCCGCAAAGACCUUGCAGUAGUCCGAGCUACACCAAACAUGAAUACAUAUUUGUGGUAAGCAUUUCUGUACAAAGUUACCUGCCACACAUAUCAACACAAAGAACAUUCCAUAUCAUUAGUUGAAAAAAAAAUUAAAAAUACUUGGUCAUUUGUAAGGCGCCUCAUGUCGUAUAAAAGUUAAGUGUAAAAAGAUAUAGUCCAUUUUGUCCUGCACACACACAGACUGAUUCACUUCAUUAAAAGAGGAGAAAAUUUGACGUUUUAAAAUUUCUCUUUAGCAUUUUAGUGUCCUACAAAUAUAUAAAUAAUGACGGAUAUAUUUUUAAUUUGACCGAGAAAGAUUCUGAAAAAUAGUUACCAUUGAGUAAUACUAUUCAGAGAAAAUUAACAUGAUUAAUGUGUUUUACUUAUUUGUGGACACUAAAAUAGCUUUGGAAAGGGAAAAUGUCUUAGACAUACACCAAUCACAUGAUCAUUUAUAUGUGCAAAUGUAAGAAGAUUCAAUGUGUUUACAUCAAAUGACAUAUUUUUAUUGAUUUAUUGCAGAUUCAGUGCAUAUGAGCCAAAUUGUUGAGUGUAUAAGAGCUAUAUUGUGUAUUUUAUUAAAUUAAUAUAUAGUUGUGUUGCAAAAAUAUUUGGGCUUAUAUUGUAAAUGGCAAGUGUUGCCUCAGUAGCUGUCGAACUCUAUGAGUUUUGUUUUUUCCUGCUUCCUUUUCCCCAUGGAGUGUGGGAAGCAGUGCCUCAGAGCAAAGUCUCUUGUUUAAUGUAUAGUCUACCAAGUACUACAGUACAUAAUCUGUUCAAAAUGUGUUUGAGUGAGCCGAUGGAGCUAUAUGAAAGGUCAAAAAAUACAUCUGUCAGUCAUGGUUAUGUGCAAGUCCUUGUAGAAGCUUUUAUUAAAGUCAUGCUAAAUCACACGAAUGGCAUUGUACCAAUACCUGAAAUUUCUUCAUGUUUUCUCAAUAACAUACAGUUUCUGCCUCUGUAGAUAUCAUACUGUUGAUUGGUUUUAAAAGUAUCUUAUGUGGUUCAAGAUGUGUGUUCCCAUUGAUUUCAAAACCAUGAAAAAUGCUUUAAUGCAUGUGUGAUACCAGCCCUGGUUAUUUGCAUUGUGUAGUGUUUUUCAAGAGGCCUGGGUCUCAACAGAAUGUUUUCCAUUUUUCUCAAUGUUCUUCUGCCCCUUUUUAUUGGUGUCCUUUGAGAAAAAUACACCUAUUCCUUCAUUUGCUUGCACUUUUUUUCUUGUGUCAUUUAGCAAGUUUCAAACUUACUUCCAUGUGAGGCUAGGAAACCUCAAAUUUCAGGAAUUGGGAAAAAUAAAAUUAGCACUUGCAGAAGUAGCAGCAGAUGGGAAAAUGCCUUGAUUGACAUUUUCCUUCAGUGUUAAAAUUUUUUGGCAUUUUACAGCUUCAUGACAAACAGCUUCCAGCCCAUACCUUAGAAAAUGUGGUGCUGAGUUAAAUAAAGGCUGUUUGUGCACUGGAGCAGAAAAAUGCAUUAUUUGCAAACUGGUGGAGAAUUCUGUGCCUUCUUUUCUGGCCACCACGCCAGUGUAGAAACAGCAUAAAUGUCAUAAAAUUCCUAGAUUAACAAAAACAAGAGUGAAAACAAACACUGAACUGAAUUAAGUUUUGUAAUUUUAAACCUCAAUGAAUUCAACUGAAAAUAUUUCCCUCAAAUGCUGUCAAGAUUUUAGACUGUACCUCCUUUGCAAAUUGCUUUGAAAGGAAGAGUGAACAACUCCCAUCAGCCUUAUUCUCUGGAGAACUGUAUUUGGUUCCUAGUAGCAGCCUUUCCAAAGCUCUAUUAUUGGUUUUUAUCAUUUGUAAAUGUUUAAAUUAGAAAAGAAGGGAUCUUGUACAUGUGAAACCGAAUUGACUGUCUAUAUUUUGGACAAUUUAUGUAUCUGAAAUGUGUUGUCUCUGUUAUAUGAUGUUACUUUUUGCCAGGAGACCACAGGUUGAUUUAGCUUGAUAGCAGACAUUUGAUGGAUUUCCAUUUAGUCUUACCAAGUGUUGCUUCUCUCUUACUAGACAGAUAGCCACUUAGUAAAAUCUAAGGCAGUAUGUAAAUGACAUAAAAAAGAGAUUAGGGUUUAUUUUUAAAACAUUCUUAACUUUGAGUAACCAGUUGUUCAAUUUAGUAUAUGUGUCUGAAGACAUUACAAUGCUAUAAGACUUUAAGAAUUGGUGUGCCAAUGUGUGAGGGGUUUCCCUUUCGGCUCUCUGUCACCAGUGAUUUACUAGUGUUAGCUGUUUAACACGUUAUCUGCAUUUAGUAGUGGUUGUUUAUUUGCAAGUUGGUGGUAAUUCAGCAGUCAGGAUUCUAAGCUUUUAUAACUGAAUUGAGGGAAUCUUGCUCUUCUUCAUGCUGGCAACUACCUUUAUCACAGACCUCUGGUGCUCGACUUCCAAGGAAGUCUCUGAGAUGCCAAAAUCACCCUUUUGGGGAGCAACUUGCUCUAAGAGGUGACACACAAUCCAACAUCGCUGUUUCAAGGGGUUUCAGCAUCAUUCAGAAUAUAAAAAAUUAAUUCACGUCUCCAUUUACUAACCCUCAGAAAAACUCCACACAUUCAAAAUGAAUACUUUGAUGAUACUUUUCCUUUUAGGUUCUUAAAUAACUGAUGUCAAGCACAGAAUAGUAAUUUAUAUGAAUUUUCAUAAGAAAGUCAAAGUUUUAAAAAUUGUUUACUGAUGAACUAAAAAAAUCAGUAACAAAAUCUUUCCAUAACAUGCUAAUGAUGAAAGAUCUUUUCAUCAAAGUUAAAAGUAGUAAGAAUCAGUGUUAGUUAUACCUAUACCAAAGUAAACAUUAAAGAGACAUUUCACACAAUUUCAAACAAUGCUUUCAUAUUCUUUCUUAACCUGACAUCCAAUUGCAGGCAAUAUACAAAGAUUGGCUCACUGCUCUAUUAAUUAAUUGAAUUCCUGAUUUGGCAAUUGACUUGUUUUUUUUUUUCCUAAAUUAGCAGAGAUCUUGUAAAAUAUGACUUCCCUGUAAAAGAUCUAGGCACUGCUCGAUUUAAAAAAUGACACCAUAAAAAUAUGGUCAUGUAGUAAGAGAACAGUAUGCUUUAUUAGAACCAGGUUAAAAACUGUUCAUUGCCUAAUGGAGUAGAAGUUGCUGAGGUCAACUGGGAAACUGAGGUCUGGCAUAAUAUAUGCCCACUCAUCAUUGUCUAAUUAUAUUAUAUUAUUUUGACAACAGACAGCAUUUAUUAGAGCAUUAAUUCAAAUGAGAGUUUUGGCUAUCAAGAUGUGUUUUGAAACAUAAUUGAAUGAGACCUGAUUAAAGGCUGACUUUCCUGGCCCCAGUGUUUUGCAGGUUGGCUAUUUCCAUAUAUCAACUCCAUCACACCAUAAGGUUCUUAGCUGCACCAAGUGAUUGGUGAACAAAGACAACAACAAAAGCAGCAUACAUUUUAUGGAUUUAUCUCAAUGCUAUUAUUUAAUGGCUGUGUUUAUGUGACCUAUCUGGAAAAUGAGGACUCCGAAUAAAAAGCUAUUACUAAUAGUGGCAUUGCAUUCCCUUGGAUUCAUUAACACACAAGUGAUGUGUUACACACUGCAUGCCCCAGGGACCCUGGUCAUAAUUAAUUUGGAAAGCAACUGUGGCAGCACAACUGUUUAUGCUAGUUAUUUGUUUGCCAGUAAAAUAAGAUUUUAAAAAAUUUUAUGUAACAAUAAUGUCACUAAGCUCUCUCAGAAAUGGGUUAACAGUCAUCCAGAUUGUUUAGAUAAGUUGACUAGUCAAAUAAUUUCCAGGGAUUCAUACUAUAAAGAAACGCGUGGUUUUUAAUAUUUAAAACUGGUUUGAGGGUAAUUUGGUAUAAGAUCCUACUACUCCAGGAUUUUAGAAAUAAGCCCUCUCAUAAUCUUACAUUAUUGACGAGAGUACAUAUUUAUAAAUGACAUUUUAAAGUAAAAUCAUGUUCAUCUUAGCAACUUAAAAUAAUAAGCUUCUCUUCCUACUCAUUCAACAAACAUCUACUGAAUUUCUGUUGUGUGUUUGCCGUGGGCUGUUACGCCCCAGGAGUAAACAGUAAACAGGGAUUGAUGCCUGGGUCACAGCCUGGUGAGAGAAACAAAUAGGUAAGUUCUAAUACACAUGACUGUUUAUAAAUUGGAUUUAAUUGUUUGCAUUUUCCUCAGUUACUCCGCAAUCUGACUCUCAGUGAGGGGCAUCUCCUAAAUUACAAAUCAACAUAAUAGUCUGCCCAUUUAGAUUUUCUUUUAAUUUUAAUUUUCUUGUGAGGACAUAACUUAUAUCAAGAAAACUGCAUUGCUUUUUCAUGCUGAAGAAGAUGUCUAAGGUUUACAGUUAUUGGGAUAGACUCCAUGGCUUAUCUACUCAGUCUUUUGCUCAUUUUGUUUGUCGACCUCUCUGUUUCUUUUUCAUUGAGCAUCACUUAGGUAUCAGGUGCUUCACAAGGAUGCUGAGGUACGAAGAACUACACCAUUACAUUUUACCCUCAGAGUACUUAUAGUUUGUGCCUACGUGAUAUACAUUACACUAAAAUAGAAAUUGACCUUAUGUUGCCAUGACAACAUUACUUUUGUAUAAUGAAAAUAAAUUCAUUCUUAAGAAGAACAAAAGCUACAUGCCUAUCGUGCCAUUCACUGCUUUCAAGAGUGAAAUGAGAGCAAGCUGUUCACGGACUCAACUGAACCGUCUGAUCAGUGUUGAGAGAGCACUGAGGUGCUGAAAUGAAGAACCUACCUGGCCAUGCUACAGUCAGGAGGAAGUGAUGAAUGAAACAUAUAUUACAGGCUUACUUCAUGGCAAUGAAGGAUGGACGUCCCAUGAAUUAAUGUUUAUUUAAGUAGGUAUGCUCACAAGUUACAAUCAUUUAAUAAUUGUAGACAACAACUCUUUGUAAAACAUGAACAGAACCCAUUCUUAAAGUUCAUCAAUGUGGCACACAGAAAUAAAUCAGCAAGUUAAUGGACCAUCCUCAAACCUCUUCAGUAUGUGUUUGUGAGAUGGUUGCACGUGGUUCACCAAGGAAAUGUAUCAUUUUCUGCUCAUUUUAGACACUAUAAUACUGGACAAGCCACUGUACAUUAGGAAUUAAAUUAUCAAUAUUCUUAAAAGAGGGUCCCCAUUUUUAGUAUUUUAGAGUCAUAAAACACUACUGGUUUUUUUUUCCAAACUAGUUUAAAUGGUAAUGAGUAUCUUACAUGCAAAGAUGUAUUAAGGGGGGAAGACUUCAGGGAGCAUUUGCAAACUGUCUCACACCAGUUUGACAUCACCCAAUUAGAUCAAGAAAACUAUUUUAUUUUUGUCUUUCAAAUGAAACACUUCACUUUAAGAGGAACUUAAUAUUUAUUCCCCUCCUUUUUAAACGCAUUA